AUUUCUCCCAUUCAACGAUCCAAUGGCUAUUGCAGUGGCGAUUGGUUUCUUAUUCACACUUGUCUGUGUAAUUUGGUAUUGGGUUUACAACAAACACAAUUCCCAGCAGAAAUGCAAAUCAUCAUCAAUCGAGUCUUCUUCUUCUUCUUCGUCGUCUUCUCUUUCAUAUCCUCCAUCUCUUUCGCCUCAUACAGAAUCUCGAACCUGGACACACCAAGUGUUUCCGAGCUUCCGCGGGGAAGACGUACGGAAAGGGUUUCUUAGUCAUAUUCAGAAGGAGUUCAAACGCAAAGGAAUCGUCACAUUUAUUGAUGAUGAAAUGAAGAGAGGCGGGUCGAUCGGUCCUGGGCUCUUUCAGGCGAUUAGAGAAUCGAAGGUCGCAAUUGUCUUGCUGUCAAAGAGCUACGCUUCGUCUAGCUGGUGCCUCAACGAAUUGGUGGAGAUUAUGAAGUGCAGGGAAGAGAUUGGUCAAACGGUGAUGACUGUGUUUUAUGAAGUCGAUCCAUCUGAUGUUAGAAAGCAGACCGGAGAUUUCGGUAAAGCCUUUGAAAAGACCUGUGUUGGGAAAACGGAAGCGGUGAAGCAGAGUUGGACUCGUGCUUUGAUGGACGUCGCAAAUAUACUCGGACAAGAUUCUCGCCAAUGGGAUAAAGAAGCGGACAUGAUUGUUAGAGUUGCAAAGGAUGUAUCGGAGGUCUUGAACUAUACGCCGUCGAGGGAUUUUGAUGACUUUGUUGGAAUCCGACCUCAUAUCACUAGAAUCAAUUCCUUGUUAUGCCUUGAAUCUCGUGAUGUGAGGAUGGUAGGGAUUUUGGGUCCUCCAGGGAUUGGCAAGACCACCAUUGCAAGAGUUUUGUAUGACCAAAUCUCUGAUAAUUUCCAGUUUUCUGCGUUUAUAGAGAACAUCAGACUAAGUUACUGGAAAGGCUGGCACGAUGAGGAGGGUUAUUUGGAUUUUCCUGUUGAGAUCAUGAGUGGAGACAGGCAAAGGAAGUUGAAUUUACAAAGAAGGCUUUUGUCUGAAUUAUUCGACCACAAGGAUUUCCAGGUUCGUCAUCUAGGUGCUGUUCAGGAGAGGCUCAGGGACCACAAAGUUCUUGUCAUUCUUGACGGCGUGGAUCAGUUAGAGCAACUUACUGCAUUGGCCAAAGAAUCUCAGUGGUUCGGCUGUGGAAGUAGGAUUAUCAUCACAACACAAGAUCAAAGGCUUUUGAGGGCGCAUGAGAUCAACCGUGUUUACAAGGUGGAACUCCCAGCUACAGAUGAAGCUCUCCAGAUCUUCUGUCUGUAUGCUUUUGGUCAAAAGUUCCCAUGUGAUGGUUUUAAGAGACUUUCUCGGGAGUUUACUGCACUUGCGGGUGAACUUCCUCUCGGUCUAAGAGUUUUAGGAUCUUAUUUGCGAGGAAUGACCCUCGAGGAGUGGAAAAACGCACUACCACGGUUAAGGACUAGCCUUGAUGGUGAAAUUGAGAAAACUCUAAGGUUUAGCUACAAUGUCUUGAGCGAUAAAGACAAAUCUCUUUUUCUGCAUAUAGCAUGUUUGUUCAACGGCUGUCAAGUCAAUCAUGUCAAACAGUGGCUUGCUAACAGCGGUUUGGACGUUAACCAUGGCUUUGAAGUCUUAACCCAUAAAUCUCUCAUAUCUACAGAUAUGGGUCUCGUACGGAUGCAUUCUUUGCUUCAACAACUAGGUGUUGACAUUUUUCGUAGACAAUCUAUUGGAGAGCCUGAAAAACGGCAGUUUUUAGUAGACGUUAAUGACAUUUCUGAUGUUAUCAGCGACAAUACAGGCACUGGGACUAUUCUAGGCAUAAUGCUUCAUGUCUCUAAGAUCGAGGAUAUAUAAGUUAUAGAAGAAAUGGUGUUUGAUAGGAUGACUAAUCUCCAAUUUUUAAUAUUUGACGAAUGUUUGAGGGAUAAGUUGAACUUACCUCUAGGCCUGAAUUGUCUACCCCGUAAACUCAGGUUACUGCGUUGGGACUAUUGUCCGUUGAGAGUUUGGCCCUCUAAGUUCUCUGCAAAGUUUCUCGUUGAGCUUAUCAUGCGGGGGAACAAAUUUGAAAAACUGUGGGAAGGAAUCCUACCACUUAAAAAUCUCAAAAGGAUGGAGCUGGGUGACUCGAGGAGCCUAAAAGAGAUUCCAGAUCUCUCAAAUGCCACUAAUCUUGAGUCAUUGCUUCUCUAUUUUUGCACUAGUCUGUUGGAAAUUCCUUCCUCUAUUAGAGACACCACUAGUCUCAAGGAAUUGGAUCUUGGUGGUUGUGCAAGUCUGGUGAAGCUCUCCUCAUGUAUUUGUAAUGCCACUAGUCUUGAGAAAUUGAAUCUUAGUGCUUGCCCAAAUUUGGUGGAGCUCCCCUGUGAUCUUCCUGGCAACAUCAACUUGAAAUCUCUGUCUAAACUUCUUUUGAACGGAAGUUCACGAUUCAAAACUUUUCCAGAAAUCUCCACUAACAUCCAAGAACUCAAUCUGAGUGGUACAGCGAUAGAAGAAGUGCCUUCAUCGAUCAGGUCGUGGUCUCAUCUUGAUAAAUUAGAUAUGUCACGGUGUAAAAGCCUGAAGAGGUUUCCACCUGUUCCUGAUGGAAUUUCAGUGCUAAACUUGAGUGAGACAGAAAUAGAAGACAUUCCUCCGUGGAUCGAGAAUCUUUCUCAGCUUCGACACUUAGUUAUGAUCAGAUGCAAGAAGCUGGAUAACAUCUCACUGGCAAGAAUUUCCAAGAUGGAAGGUGUUCAUUGUCUGCAAAUUACUCGUGGUGAGGAGGUAGUAAACAUCAGGUGGUUCUCUGACUUCCCAAACCAAUGGACGUUAGAGUCGGAUAUGUUAGAACUUUGUCUGCCAGAGAUGGUUUAUACGUCCCCAGUGUCAUUAUACUUCAUCAGUAAUGAUCUCAAGACUAUUCCAGAUUGCAUCAAACAUCUCUCUCAACUCCAUCAGCUUUCAUUCUAUGGAUGCCAUAAGCUUCUAUCGCUGCCAAAACUUUCAGAUUGCCUCUCAUCUCUAGAUGCAGAAAAUUGUGUGUCACUUGAGACAAUAGAUAGUACCUUUCACAAUCCAGAUAUCCGUCUGAAUUUUGUUAACUGCAUCAGCUUAAAUCAAGAAGCGAGAGAACUCAUCCAGGCAUCGGUUUGCAAACAUGCUCUCUUACCUUCUGGAGAAGUUCCUUCACACUUCGUUCAUCGAGCUACUGGAGAUUCCCUAACCAUUCAUUUGAAAGAGAGGCAUCUUCCUCUAUUCCUGAUAUUUAAGGCUUGUCUUGUGCUGUUCAAUGACGAUGAAAUCAAUUACGAUUACGAUGCUGACGAUGAUGAUGACUAUGACGAGGAGGUCAUAGUCUAUGGUGAUUAUGAUAGUUACCCUCACAGCGAUGAUUAUACCAAACAGGAGACUACGAGGUUAUCUUGUCGCGUCAAAGGCAAACAGAAUGAACUCACUGUUCAAUAUGGAUCUAGUGUGCACCUACUACCAACUCCACAUAUAUAUUCAGAGCAUGUGUAUAUAUUCGAAGCUUCUUUCUCUCUAGGUGAAUGCAACAAUCCUGAAGCAGAAAGCGAGAUUGUCUUUGACUUCAAGGUUCACGAUUACUUUUGGGCGAUAAAAGAGUGUGGUCUUCAACUCUUGGAGCUCCCUCAUGUUCAUGAAGACGAUUGACGAGAGCUUCAGAUG